CUUAAAAAACUUUCAAAUAAUACAUAAAUAAUAUAGAAAUAUAAUAUAUAAAUUCAAACAAUUAUGACCCUAAAAUAUAAAUUACUUUCAAAGUUUCUUAUCAUAUGUUUUUAUAAGACAAGUUAAAAACAUUUAUUCGAACCAAAACUCACGUUUCGAUAAAAAUUAAGUUCCCCGAUCACGUCAUCAAUUAAAUCCUUGUCACACAAUCCAAUUUAAUUAAUAUAAUUGAUGAAUGUGGUGUCUAAUUGUGGCAGUUUUCAAUUUAUGUGCAAACGUUCCCAUUUAGAAUUUUUAUGAACGCUUUUAUUACCGAUUCAAAGAUGUGUCCGAUUUCGGGUUUGGUCCAAUUUCUGAUCGUAGUAGUAACAGUACUACUAAUGUGCCAUGCUUUGGUGGCGAAUUGUGCGAAAGUGACGUUUAAACCAGAAAACGUAACUUUGCACAUGUACGAUCAGGCCACAAUUGAGUACGAGGUCGAAGGGGAACCGGGUGAAGAAUUCACAUUUCAGUUGUACAGCAAAGAUGACAACAUAGCCGAAGUAGAAAACAACAUAGAACUGAAGUAUCCCGACGACGCCAAGGGACAAUUCAACAUAACCGGCAACUUUCUUGGGAAAACGGUAGUAACAUGCAAAGCCAAAAACUAUCAAUCAACCCUACAAGACUGUAACAUGGAUGUGAUAGUUAUACGCAAAAAACGCGUAAUAGACACAAUAUUCACCGCAUCGGUGGCCACGUUGGUCAGCAUCAUUUAUGUGAACUUCGGCUGCGCACUAAACUGGGGCGAGCUGCGCAAAAGUCUUAAACGUCCCAUCGGUCCCGUCCUAGGGUUCAUCGGUCAAUUCCUUUUUAUGCCACUGUUAAGUUUCGGCCUGGGCAAAGUGUUGUUCCCCGACAGUCCGGAGAUGCAGCUGGGGAUGUUCUUCACGGGUGUGUCCCCGGCGGGAGGCGCCUCUAAUGUUUGGACAGUGAUUCUGGAGGGCAACAUAGAUUUGUCAAUCACGAUGACGACAAUCAGCACGUUUGCGGCGUUCGGAAUGAUGCCCCUGUGGAUUUUCACGUUGGGCAGGCUGAUUUUCGACAAGGGAAACGUUGCCGUUCCCUACUCGCAAAUUUCGACGUACGCCAUCGGUUUGGUGGUGCCGUUGGCCAUCGGUUACCUAAUACAAAGGUACCUCAAAAGGUUAAGCAGGUUCCUGGCUAGGAUUUUGAAGUGCUUUUCCUCAAUUUUGAUUCUGUUCAUCAUCAUCUUUGCCAUCAUAACUAAUUUAUAUUUGUUCAAAUUGUUCUCAUGGCAGAUCGUGGUGGCCGGAAUGGGGUUGCCGUAUUUGGGCUACCUUUUGGCGUACAUUAUGGCCAAAGUUCUAAAACAAUCUCAGCCAGAUUGUCUGGCUAUUGCAAUAGAAGCUGGCAUCCAAAACACUGGUAUUGCCAUUUUCCUGCUCAGGUUUUCGUUACCACAACCAGAAGCUGAUCUCACCACAGUGGCACCGGUUGCUGUCGCAAUAAUGACACCGUUUCCGCUCCUGUUCAUGUACAUUUACAAGAAAAUAAUGUCAAGUGAUGGUUACUGUUGUUUAGGUGCGAACAAAAGGACAAACAAACACUGACGGACGAAAACGCCAAACUCGAUUUGGACAAUAACUGCAACAACGAGCCGAAACCAACGUGUAAACUGCAGUUGGUUUCCUGAAAACACAGGGUACAAAAAUUAUAUUGUUACAUGUGAUGUAAAUUUUUAUUUAUUAUGUUAAUAUUGAAUACUUAAUAUGCGGUAUUAUUUUUGUUAAUGGAUCAAAAAAUUUUAAAGUGACCAAUAUUUUUUAGGCUAUGGUUGUAAUGUUUUUAAUAUAUAUGUAUACAUUGUCGUUUUUAUA